GAACUAGUAAUUUGAAACGUUUCUGUUUUUCAACGUACGUAGGCCAGUAUUAUUUGUAUAUUUAUUCACAAUUCACAUUAAGUUAAUCUUCGAGGCCGUCUUAUAUAAUUAGUUUUAUUUAAUUACUAGAUGUGUUUUUUGUUUUCUUCCGCAUCACAGGAAGGCCAGCCAGGGGAGAAAAACUGGAUUAUGCUCCAAGGUUUCUAGCUUUUCUGCUACCCUUUGUGAAAGAGGAAGAAAAAGGAAUUAACAAAAAUGACAAGUAUAAGCACCACAGAAGGGUGGAUUCCCGCAGUGCUAAUGGUAUUCUAUAAUGUGAUAUAUGCCUUGAUGACCAUUUUGUGGAAAUUGGCAGCUCAUGAUGGGAUGGAUCUCAGAGUUGCUUCCUCAUAUCGUUUUCUUUUCGGAGCUGUUUCCAUGGCUCCUGUUGCUUUCUUCUUCGAGAGGAAAAAAAGACCAAAGUUGACUUGGAAAGUUAUCUUCUUUGCUUUUCUCUCUGGAUUAUUUGGAGGUACAUUGGGACAAAUUUUAUUCUUAGAAAGCUUGGCACUUACGUCUGCCACUUUUGCCUCGGCUAUGCUCAACCUAGUUCCCGCUACAACAUUUUUGGUAGCCAUAUGCACGAGGUUGGAGAGUUUAGGUUGGCAUACAAAAGCAGGUAAAGCAAAAUUGUUUGGGACAUUGAUAGCAAUUGGAGGAGCAAUGUUGUUCACAUUUUACAAGGGUCCAAAUAUUACCAUUUGGAAAACAAAUGUAAACCUUCUCAACAUCUUGCCUAGCAAUCAUCAUCAUCGGACUUCACCUAAAACACAAGAGGGUAGUAAUCAAGUGCUUGGUAUUAUCCUAGCGUUAUUGUCUUGCCUUUCUGUCUCGUUCUGGCUCAUUUUUCAGGCUAAGGCUGCCAAAUACUACCCUUGUCCAUUGUCUUUCACGGCUCUCAUGACCAUGAUGGCAUUGAUUUUGAAUUUCAUUGCUGCAAGCUGCUUACAGCGUGACUGGAGCCAAUGGAAGUUAGGAUGGAACAUAAGACUUAUUGCCGUAGCUUUUUCGGGUAUUAUAGGGACAACAGUAUUGUAUACCUUGUUAACGAUAGCUAUAGCAAUGAGUGGUCCGCUAUUUGUGUCAGCUUUCGGUCCUUUGCAACUUGUAAUUGUUGCGGUAGUUGGAUCACUCGUGCUUGAAGAGCAUUUAUACUUGGGAAGGUAAGAUCUGUUUUUGAGCUCAUCAAUUAUGUGUAUAUAUAUAUAUAUAUAUUUGCACAUUUAUCGGCGUGUUUUAGUAUAUAUUUGUAUGUUAUAAGAUAUCUACCGUCAUGUUUUAUUAUAUAAUUGUAUGUUAUAAGACAUCUACCGUCAGCAAUAAUGGUUAUUGAUUCAUACUUCUUUUGACAAGAUUUUCUUCUAUCUGUCUCGU